UUAGAGCAAUCAAUCCGCAGAGAGGUGAGGUGAGGUGAUCAGAAGGGAAGAGAAGAUCCCCGCGCGUUCACUUCGUGUUUUUUUAAUUACCUUCGUUCAGCUGGUUAACCACUGUUCAACCUUUUCCCAUCCUCCAAUUCCAUUUCUCCUUCUCAAUUACCGACGACUCAGUUUUCCUUUUCCGUUGUUUGGUCCGAUUGUGAGCUGAAAAGCAUUGGAUCAUGUCGAUGCUCGAUUCCUUCUUCAACAAGGGCUUCAAAGCUGCCAAAUGUAAAACCCUACUGAAAUUGACGAUUCCGAGGAUAAAGUUGCUGAGGAAUAGGAGAGAGCUUCAGAUAAAGCAGAUGCGCCGUGACAUUGCCAAGCUUCUUGAGACGGGUCAAGAAGCCACCGCUCGCAUUCGAGUUGAGCAUAUUGUUAGAGAAGAGAAUAUGAUGGCUGCUCAGGAGAUCAUUGAGCUGUUCUGUGAGCUUAUUGUUGUCCGCCUUCCAAUUAUUGAAUCACAAAGGGACAUUCCUCUAGAUUUGAAGGAAGCAAUAUCCAGUGUGUGCUUUGCAGCACCAAGAUGUGCAGAUCUACCAGAGUUGCUGCAGGUUCAAAUGCUUUUUGCGACUAAAUAUGGCAAAGAAUUUGUAUCAGCUACAACAGAGCUCAUGCCAGAUUGUGGUGUUAAUCGCCAGUUAAUAGAACUGCUAUCAAUUCGUGCUCCUUCACCUGAAAAGAAACUAAAGCUUCUGAAAGAAAUAGCUGAAGAGCAUGAGUUAGAUUGGGAUCCAGCCGCCUCUGAAACUGAGCUUUACAAAUCUCAUGAAGAUUUAUUGAAUGGUUCAACUCAGUUUGUUAGUGGGUCUGCAUUACCCCUUCCUAAAGAAAAACAUGAUGAAACAUUGUACUCUGCAGCUGAGCAGCCCCAUGAAGAUCACCCAGAUUCUGAUUCUGGCUUUGAUUCACUAGAUCUUCCUGAAGUUCCUAAAGUGUUGGUACAGCCAAAUGCAAAUGUUGCUUCAGCACCAGCACUGGCCCCACCAUUACAAGCUGCUCCACACCCUAAUAUCGAUCAUGAAUCAUCAAAGCAUUCUGGAGUUAUUGACAUUCCUUCAAAGCAGCCACAGUUGGAACCUGAUAAAAUUAUGCGAGAAAAUUCUUUUGCUAACAAAGAUGAACAGCCUAGUGUUCCUGUUGGUGGUGUGGAAGAUAUUCAGUUCUUGCCAUUUAUCUCUCCCCCAUCGCUAUCUUCUGCAUCAUUUUCUAUGGCACAAAGUAAACCACAAACCUCUCUCUCAAGAGCAAAAAGUGAGGUCAAUGUGGAUUUGCAGGAUGUCUUGACUGCUGCUCAGGCUGCUGCUGAAAGUGCUGAGCGUGCAGCAGCUGCAGCUCGCUCAGCAGCUAGUCUUGCACAGGUCAGAAUUGAUGAGCUCACCAGGAAAAAUAGUGACCAAUGCCCUGACAAGGACUGCGAGAACCCAUUUUAUAAGGAUAUUGCCAACCAGUCUGCUGGUGAAGAAAAUCCAUAUUUUGAUCAUCAAAACUUAGUUGGUAAUUCUGAUGAUAAGGUUUUAAAUUUCCCUGAACCUCAUGAAGAUCGUGAAGACUGCCAGAGACCGGAGGCAUCAAGUCUUUCUUCACUUGACACAAUCAGAGUGAAUUUUGAUUCCGGUCAUCCCAUUGAUCAUGAUUUUGAGAAUGACCUUGCUUCUCACCGGCUGCAGAGACCGACUUCAAUGGAUGACGAUCCAUACUUCUCAUACCCAAACUUGUAUACAUCACAGAAUCCAAAUCUUGGUUCUGCUGCUCACUCUUCCAUGGACAAUUCCCGAUCCACCCAUGAACUCUAAGUUGGGUUAUAUAUACAUACCAUAAGACCUUUGUUCAUCUUUGUUUCAGUGUCAUACCAGUGAGUGAAUGAUGCAUGCUCAAACAACCUUUACGUUGUGGUAUUUAUUCGUCUUUUAUUCUUAAAGAGUGCAGUCGUUAGAUAUUAUGGAAUAUAAUUUGUAUCAAAUCCCUUUAUAUCUACGAGCGUCUAGCAUCAAGAAGAUUCAACUGCUUGUCUUUAAGAAGUCACCUUGAUGGUUGAUUCUAAUGUAUGUUAAGUCAACCUUGAUGGUUGAUUCUACAGUAUGUUGAGUGUACAAACAUGCAUUGAUUUUGUUUUGUUUGUUAUUUUAUUUUUGACAAGCAUCUAUUGCUAUGGCACGGAGA